AUGGCCAAUAAGACGUCCGCAGUGGCAGAUGAGCCAAUUGAGGUGCUCUUUGCCCUGCAUCCCAAGUUCAACCUCAUGGACUUUGCAGGGCCCGUCGAAGUCCUGACUUCGUGCCUGCACGAUGCGAAGGAUCCCACCUCCAAGGCCUUCGAAAUCACCCUCGCUGGCGGCGAGCCCCAGGUGCUCUCCGAGCAGGGCGUCAUCAUCGGCGCCCAGGCCACUUGGAAAGAGGCCCACGAGCGCCUUAACGACUUCGAUGUCCUCGUCGUUGUCGGCGGUAACGCGGACGAGAUUAUCAAGCAGAAGGCUGAGCCUCUCGACCUCAUCACGGCCUACGCCGAGCUUCAGAAGAACGACCCGAGCCGUGAGCGCACACUGCUCUCCAUCUGCACCGGGUCCCAUUUCCUGGCUCAUCAGGGCAUCCUCUCUGGUCUUGCUGCCACGACUCAUCCGGACGAGAUUACCAAGUUCGAGAACUUGUGCAGCCAUGCGGUUGUCCGCCUCCUGGGCGAACACACUGACGUCAAGGAGGAAGCCCGUUACGUGGUGAACAACCUGCGUUUCGAGCUCGGAGAUGAGGAUGAGAAUCCCUACAUUCGGCGCAAGUCGGAUAGUGGCAGGCGCCCAUCCAAUGCCCGGAAGGGUUCGAUGUCAUUCAAGGGCGCGUCGCGAAGGGAGUCAAUCGCCCGCCGCGCCGCGAUGCGCCUAGGUGGCCUCCGUGUCAUCACAAGCGGAGGAGUGGCGGCCGGCAUGGAUGCGGCCCUAUAUGUGGCUAGCAUCCUGGUGUCGGAGGAUUCCGCGAACGAGGUCGCUCGGGUCAUGCAGUUGACCUGGACCAAGGGCAUUGUUAUGGAUGGUCUUGAUGUGUAA